AUGGCUCGUACAAAGCAAACCGCUCGCAAAUCCACCGGCGGUAAGGCUCCACGAAAGCAGCUAGCCACCAAGGCCGCUCGCAAAUCUGCCCCUGCCACCGGCGGAGUCAAGAAGCCGCACCGCUUCCGCCCUGGCACAGUUGCUCUCCGUGAGAUUCGGAAGUACCAGAAAUCUACCGAGCUCCUUAUCCGUAAACUGCCCUUCCAGAGGCUGGUUCGUGAAAUCGCUCAAGAUUUUAAGACAGAUCUGAGGUUCCAGAGCUCAGCUGUGGCGGCGCUUCAGGAGGCCGCGGAGGCUUACCUGGUUGGACUUUUUGAGGAUACUAAUCUCUGUGCAAUUCACGCUAAGAGGGUUACCAUUAUGCCUAAGGAUAUUCAGUUGGCCAGGAGGAUUCGGGGUGAGAGAGCAUAG